AUUUAGAGACUACAGUCUUGAAACAAUAGAAAACUCCACUUUAAAUGUAAAAUAAAUCUUACACUGUAAAAAAAGUGCAUUAUUUGUAUAUUACAUAUUUUACAAUCUAUUUUUGUGAGCUAAAGACAGUUUACUAACUCUGGAAUGUCAAAUCUAUGUUUUGAGCAUGUUUCUAUAGCUACACAGCCACAAUGUUUUCAUUCUAAUGAGAAGACCUUCAGUAUCAACCAAGAUUAUGUAAGAAGUUUGUGAGCACUGAGAUCUAAAUGUAGUUUAGUACAUUUCAAUAUUGUCAAAAUGACAAAAGGUGGAAAGAGAUAUUCCAUAAUGGAAAAUGAUGGCAAAUGGUUUACUCAUACAGAUGUAUCAGUUACUGAAACUACCAGACAGGAGGCUUGCACAAGCACAAGACCUAUUCUAAAUAAAAACACAGGGAUAAGCUAUCCGUUUUCAGCUCACGAUAACAGAUCAGCAUUGCAAGGCAACAUCCAAGUAUUUGAUGAUGGCUUGGGGCGAAAGAAAUGCCUGGACGAAAGGAGACAACAAAACUCCUCCUGUCUGCGCAACCAUGGUGAUGUGAACGGCUCGGGGAUGACCAAAGGAGACUUCUCAGCCUAUCACACAGACUACCCAGACAGCCUGUCGUCAGGUAGUGCUACCUUCAGGCGUUUCCCCAGAAACCAUCUGGAAAAGUCCACCGCAGCCGCUAGUGCCCUGGAAGCAGAGUCGUUCAUGUGGUUUGGAAGGCAUGACUUGGACCACCCUCUACCCCUGGGAGUUUUGGGUGCUACCAACUGCUCUAGCACCUCCAAGACAAAAGACUAUCCCCAUAACCAGCAUUAAAAUAAGAACUGAACAUU